AUGAGAAGUGAAGCAGCAGAAAAGGCUUUUCGGCGUGUUGAGCAGGAACAACUCGAUCCUUUCGAUGGACUCGUCAGGAUCAAGGUGCCGGUGGUGGACUUUACACGACCCGUCGCGGACUGGGGCCACCUAGUCGGCGAUUCCAAGGCCAUGUUCAAGCACAUCAUCCGCUCGCAUCCUGGCGGCUUCAAUCUGCCCAAGUAG